CUCCCUGGUGUCCUCACCUCUCCCCGGCGUCCUCACCUCUCCCCGGCUUCCUCACCUCUCCCCGACUUCCUCACCUCUGGCUUAUUUCGUCCCUCCACCCCUCUCAUUGGAGGGGGAACGGUGGUGUUUUGCAAAAGCUCCGAUGGAGUUCAGAUCUAGGUGUCGCCUGGGUUUCCUAGAUCCAGAUUGCAUCAGCACCCUUCCCGAUGAUCUACUCCUCCUCAUCCUUGCCAAGCUCCCCUGCAUCGGAGUUGCGGCGCGCACAAGCAUCCUCUCACGGCGAUGGCGCGGCCUCUGGGCCAGUCUCCGCCAAAUCAUCUUUCGCGAGGUCGUGUUCGACUCAAUCGAACCAGCACUCGGCCAGAUCUCUUUUCCUCCUGCAGUUUCCCUGUUGGAAAUCCAUGCCCCCCAGCAGGACAUAGCGAGCACCGCACAAGUCAACUCGUUGUUGUCCGUCGCCGCGGAACUUGAGCCGAAGGAGUUCGUUGCUUCCUUCCCCUCAAGCUUUGGCCUAUUAGGAAGGUCCAUCAUCAUUGAUUUGCCUUGCUUCCGCCACACCACCUACAUCAUGCUGGACCAUGUAUACAUUCGCUCUGUGCCAGUCGACGUCGAGUUUCCUGUGCUCGAGACGUUGUCCCUACUGCACUGCAAUGGCAACCUCGAUGCCUUGCUCUCAUGCUGCCCGCGCUUGGGCACCCUCCUCCUCAGCGGCAUUUUAUUUGAGACGUGUGAUCUAAGGGUGAAUUCACCGUCGCUACAGGAGCUUAUUGUGAACCCAUUCUCGACAGAACAUGUCAACAUUGUAGCCCCCAUGCUUAAGAAAUUGGAGAUUCUCCUUACAGUGAUGUUGGAGGUCAACAUUUCGGUCUUGGCACCAAUUAUGGAGAAUGUCUGGUGGUACUGCUGCUACACAGAGGAAUCUAUUGUGUUUGGUCCUUGGUAUCUCGAGUUGUUGGGGUUGCAGGCGACAGAUAGACAAGGACAACUCCCUUUGUUGCAUAUUCGUGCAAGUGUAGACUCGUCACUUUUCCCCUAUGAGCCCAACUUUGCACAGGAGAUAGAGAAGCAUAUGGUUGAUGACUUCUCUCUUUUGGAGCUAGAUCUCAAAACAGAUGGACAUGUUUUUGGAGCACUCGUGUUUUAUCUCCUUCAGAUUGAUCAAAUUUCUAGUUCACUUCGGAAGCUUAAGAUCAUCCUAUUAAGAUCAGUGGUAAAAGAAGAAUGCCCAACGGAUUGUCCCUGUGAGUCCACAAACUGGAGGUCCCAAGCUAUCUCCUUGACUGCUCUUGAAGAAGUGGAAAUCAAUGGAUUUGAAGGAGUGGAUCAUGAGUUUGAUUUACUGAGAAAACUACUUGUAUUCGCACCAAAGAUUAAAAAAAUUAUUGUGAGGCUCACACAGGAGGUCUCAUCAAGUAACAGUAGACGCACUAAAAUAUACAACGUCUUCGAGACCUAUGGUUCAUCAGAAUGCUUUGUCUAUCUUAGCUCUGGUUUAAUAGACGACAUCCAAAAUCAACCAUCGACAUGAUUAUCAUCCUCUUGCAUAUGUUGUUUCUCGUUGCGCAUCGACAAGAUCGCCCUUUCCAUGCCAAUUAACUCCAUUCAACAUGUUGUUUUGCCAGUGUAUUGUACAAAUGUUGCUAGUUAAAUCCUGAAUGGUUAUGAUGCAAUUCAAUCACUUAAGUUAAUAUGUCAACUUAUGCCAGUCAA